AUGAAAUUAAAGAACAGAAAUUCCACUUCAGUUAACAAAUUGCAAGCUUUAAAAUAACAAUAAGACAGCAUUAUCUAAUCAAUUAAUGAAUUGAAUGACAAAAACUAAUAAAUAAUAAAAGACUAUAUGAACAAAUAGCAAUAAUUAACAGAUUAAUUAUAAAAGCAACAUCAACAUAUUACAAUACAAGAACUAAAGUAUGCAUUACAUAACAAUAUCUGGACCAAAAAAGUUGGAUUCUUUUUAAAUCCUUUAUCAUAACAGAUUGGAUAAAAGAUAACAAUCUAAUAAUAAUAAAUAUUGUUAAAGCAUUCAGAAUCUAAGUUAAUAUAACUUGAGAGGAUAUUUCAAACAGAAUCCAAGAUUAUUUAAUUUCAAGAACAAAAGAAAAUGAUACAAAAUGAUAUUGAGGGAAGAAUAUUAUAAAUGGAUACUCUACUUAUUGAAUAUGAAGAAUUAGAAUAGAUCAUUGAUUCAUAAUAAAACAAAUCAAAAUGUAAUAAUGUUAAGACUCUUUUUGAAAUAAAUAAAACUUUAAGUCAAUUAAAACAUAAUUAUAUAUAAUUGGCAAAUUAACGAUAAGAAAAAGAAAUUAUCUAAACUGACAUCUUAAAAGUUAUUAAUAAUUUGGAAUUGCAAACAAAAUCUAUAUAAAUUUAAAAAUAAAUGAAGGGUUUAUAAUCUUCUUGGUUCAAUGUGGAUUAACUUUACAAUAUGAUUGUAUCUUAAGCAAAAGUUGAACAAUAAUUAGAGUUAUUUUGUAAUAUAGUAUUACUAAUUAAUGAUAAAAUUGUUUAAGGACUAAAUUAAAAAAUAAAUUAGAAUGCUCUUAUUGAAAGUAUUAAAUAGAUUGAAAAUGAUAAUAAUUUUAGAGUAUUCAAUAGUACAAUAUUUUAAGAAUACUUGGAUUAGACAUAAAUUGUAGAGUAUUCUUAAUUUCUUACAAAUGAAUUAUCUAAUCGAAUAUCUAAGUUCAAAAUAGAAUCUAAAUUGAAAUAGCAUAAGUACAAAAAUAAUAAAUUAAGAAUAGAGCACAUCUUGUAGAUAUACAGAGACAAAUACAUUAGAUAAUGUAUGAACAAUCAAUGAUUUAAACUUAAUACAAUAGACUUGAAUCUAAUCUACCUGUUAUUGAAUAGAAUUAAACUGUUUUAAAAUUGUAAUAGAUUCUUGAUAGAAUGAAUCAUAUAGAAUGUUUAAAAUCUUAAAAUAAAACACUCUUUGAAAUUACAUUUCCAGCAUAAAUCAAAUAAAUAUAAGAUAAUCUAUAAUAGAUAGAAUAAUAGUUAAAUUCAUAAAUCAAAGAAUUACUUUAUUCAAUAACAAUUGAAUAAGACUACUAUUAUAAAAUAUUCUCUAAUCAAUCUCAAAAAUUACCUAUUUUAAUUCUCGAUUCAAACAUAGUUAAUGAUAAUAUAGAAUAACAAAUAGAAGAAAAUAGGUAAUAGUAUUAAUAAUAAUAAAUUCUCUAUAAUUAAAAUAUUGAAAAUUAUAGAUAGAAAAUGAAAUAAUUAGAAGAUUAAGAAAGUAUGAUAUAUAUUUAUAUUUAAUUAGAUUAAAUGUAAACAAAAUAUUUAAUAGAAUUGAAUGAAUCUAUUUUGAAAACCAAGAAAGAGAAUAUUCCACCUUCUGAUUCUAGAGAUAUUAGUAUGAUAGGAACAAUAUAAAUAGAUAUCUCAUAAGAAAGAACAACUCAUAAAUAUUCAGUACUCAGAUCAAAAAAAUAAUUAUUUAUGAAUGAACCAACAGAUAGAAGUUUAUCUACUUAUAGUUUUUUGGGACAUCGUUCAUCUGAUCCAUUAUGUUCUAAAACUAAAUUAGCUUUGAAAUAAUAAACUAGUUUAUCAUCUUAAGGUUCUUAAAAAAAUCCAUUAUUAUCACCUUAAUCAAAUAAUCAUCAUAUAUCUAUAGAGUAAUCAUUAAGUUUACAUGUAUUAAAUGUUUUGAAUAUUAGUCCUCUGCAAGAAGAUUCCCUGAUUUUUAAAUGGAGAAAUCACCUCCUUAAUAAAUUAAAGGAGAUAAAUUAUAGAUAUUCAAAGUAUUAAAAAGAACAUUUAGAUAAUAAUCAACAAAUAAUUAAAAUGGAUGUUCAGCAUUUUCAAGCAAAUUUGUUAAAUGUAAUUAGAAAAUGAAAUGUUUGGAAUUCUAUAAUUCUAAUAGAAUGAUUCAUGAUUUAGGUUAAAAAGAAUCAGCAUUAUGUUUAAGAUAAAUAAAAGAAGUUAAAUAAUGUUAAUAAUCAUUAAUAUUAGUAAUUUCGAAACAUUAAUCGAUAGAAUUGGUAUUUAAUAAAUAUGAACAAUUGAAUGAAUUUAUGAAAAUGAUAACUUAGUGA